UUUAUCAAUUAUUUUAUCUUUUAUGUUUUGAUAAGUCUGUCCUCUUUUUUUUUAAUAAAAAAAUUUACACUUGAAAGUUAUGAGCUGUUUGUUUGCCGAGAAAAUCUGGGGAGAUAGAAAGAAAAUGAUCCAAAGUUUAUCCCAAAUUUAUCGUUAUUUGAAACAAUUAUGAAAACCGAAGAUUCAGGCAGAAGUCUAUUAGAAGAUUCAAGAAGAAUUCGAGGAAAUGGGAAAUACUACAAGCGGUGCUGUAUCGGGGAGGAGACACCAUAACCACCAUCAUCCACCAACAGCACCACCAUCGCGGUCAACACAAGCACCAUCGGAGGCUUCACAUCCCCAAAUCAAUGGAAACCAUUAUGUAUUUGCUGGCUCUGCAUCUUACUCUUCUUCCCCAUACCCUAACCCUAACCCUAACUUCACUCAGUACAAUCAGUAUCCAGGCUACUAUAUACCACAACCUAUGCCAGCUUCCCGCAAUUACCAUCGUGUUCCUGGUGGUCUGCACCCUUGUGGAGCUCCUCCCAUUCCGGUUAGCCCGUUUGUUGAGCACCAAAAGGCGGUAACUAUUAAGAAUGACGUGAAUAUCAAGAAGGAGAGUCUUAGGAUUGAGCCAGACGAGGAGAAUCCCGGGAAGUUCCUUCUUGCUUUCACUUUUGAUGCAAAUGUGGAUGGAAGCAUUACCGUCGUGUUUUUCGCCAAAGAAGGUGUUGACUGUAAGCUGCUUUCAAUGAAGGAAGACACGAUUAAACCAUUCACUUUCUCUUUCAAACAGGGUUUUGGACAGAAUUUCAGACAACCUUCUGGAACAGGAAUUGACUUGUCAGUUAUUGAAAACACACAGUUAGUGAAGGAGAAUGCUGGUGAUACAGAAGUCUAUCCUCUUGUUGUGAAGGCUGAGACACACAAAGAGAACCACAAUGGAUCAGAAACAAAUCCCACUAGAAACUGCCAGAUCACCCUGGCAGUAUUUGAAAAAAGAGAGGAAAAACAUGAUUAUCAGGUGCGAGUGAUGAAACAGAUCUUAUGGGUAAAUGGAAUGAGGUAUGAGCUGCAAGAGAUUUAUGGAAUCAGGAAUGCGGUUGAUGGUGAGCUUGAUGAGAAUGAUCCUGGCAAAGAAUGUGUCAUCUGCUUGUCUGAACCACGAGAUACAACUGUCAUCCCUUGCCGACAUAUGUGCUUGUGCAGCGAGUGUGCCAAGGUUUUACGUUUUCAAACAAACCGCUGUCCUAUUUGUCGACAACCUGUUGAGCGUUUCCUUCAAAUUAAAGUGAAUGGUGGGCCUUAUGAUUGAGGAUUUUCUAGUGCCAAGAAGAAACGGUUGCUUUUCAAUGUAGGUUGACAUGUUUUGACAAAGCUAACUUUACAAAUAGGGGUUUUGGUGUGAUACACAGGUUUGAUGUUCUUGACUCACAUAACGUAAUUAUCUUCCAUGUUGCUCCAAGUUUUAAAUUAUUACAAGUUAUAAGAUGCAAUAAAACAAAAAUCAAACUAUUAGUUGUAUGGAGAAUCCUUAUAUUGAUCUCGUAGAGAAGGUGGUGCGAGGAGACUUGGUACGGUUACUUGUUAACCAAGUAUCUUAAACUUCGCUUUCACUGAAUCAAACAGUAAACAGAAUAUAAAUCACGGUUACUUGUUAUCGUACCGGAUCAGUCUGAAAUUUUCUGUUCUGUAGAUUGCAGCAGCAGUUUGUAGGGAAGUACGAAAAAGAAAAUUAUCCAAGCCUUGUGGUGUUUUUGACUGUAAAAUUCUCAUCUUCUCUUAAUAUCUCAGGUGUGAAAUGGCUUUUUAAUGCGGUUUCUUUGCUGGCUGCCAGACUUGAUGAAAUCAGGACCCAACCAUGAGAUAGUUUGCUGGGUGACUCUGUUGUAAUAGCAAAUUGUUUUUAUGAGUCGAUAAAAUUUUGUGGGAAAAAUUUUCAGAUUUGACCAGAUUUUGUCUGAUGACAAACUGGGUUCCCAUGCUAUUGUUUAAUAUGAGUUGAAAAAAGUUUGUGAAAAAUUUUCAGAUCUGACCAAAUUUUGUAUGAUGAAAAACUAGGUUCCCAAAUGCUAGCAGUGAAUUUGGAGAA